AUGCUAGUGAUCUGUAAUUUGUCAUGGCCUAGAAUAGUGAGCAGGGAGCUGGUCAACAGCAUUGGAUAUUCCUUUCGUCAAAAUAGGGAACAUAAUACCGAAAUGGAGGGAAAAAUGUCCUUGGUAACUGGUGGAUCUAGCGGUAUAGGAAAAUGUGUUGCAAUUAUAGCUGCCAAAUAUGGUGCACAUGUGACUAUAAUUGCGAGGGAUAUAAAAAAGUUAGAGAUUGCAAGAAAUGAGAUAAUUCAUGCUUGUAAAAAUAAAGAUGUUCAGAAGAUAGAAUACCUAUCCUUGGACAUUGGUGAAGAUUACAAUGCAGUUGAAAAAGCUUUAAGUGAUUUAGAAAGGACUAUGGGUCCGAUAUAUAUGUUGGUUAAUUGUGCCGGGAUGGCGAUUUGUGGUAAAAUUGAAGAUACCUCAGCGACAGACUUGAAAAGAAUGAUUAGUAUUAAUUUCUUGGGUUCCUAUUACUGUACAAAAGCUGUUGUCCAAAAAAUGAAAGCUUCUCAAGAAGGAAUUAUUGUCCUUACUUCUUCUCAAGCUGGGCUGUUAGGUAUAUUUGGUUAUUCAGCAUACUGUAGUACAAAAUUCGCGCUUCGAGGCUUGGCAGAAAGUUUGUCUAUGGAAGUUAGAGCAUACAAUAUUUCUGUCACUCUUUGUCUACCUCCAGACACAGAUACUCCAGGCUUUGCCACUGAAGAAUUGUCCAAACCUCUUGAAACAAAACUCAUAUCAAAGACUAGUUCUCUUGUCAGACCUGAAGUAGUGGCAAAUAAACUAUUUCAGGAUGCAUUGGCUGGAAAAUUUUUCUCGACCGUUGGUUUGGAAGGAUUCCUGCUGACUGUCGUAUGUGCUGGGAUGUCACCGUUCAACUCGAUAUUCGAAGUACUUGCGCAGUCGAUGCUAAUGGGCAUUUUUCGUCUUAUAAACGCCUGCUGUCUCGUACAUUUCCAAAGAAUAAUUCAAACAUGUAUGAAGACGCGUGAUAAAAAUAAAAAGUCAGAAUAAAUA